AUGUUUCGCUUCAGCAACGCUUUGCUUGGGUGCCUCAAUCUCUUAACGUUUAUCUUCUCGAUUUCCAUUCUCAGCACCGGUGUUUGGCUGGCCAAACAAGGCGCCACCGAGUGUGAUAAGUGGCUCGACAAGCCCCUCAUCGUGUUGGGUGUGUUCCUUGUCGGAGUGUCGCUGUUGGGGGUGGCCGGCGCCUGGUGCCGUAACUCCUUCCUCCUGUGGAUUUACCUCGCCGUCAUGUUCUUGCUCAUCGUUCUCGUCUUCAUCUUCAUUAUUUUCGCCUUCGCCGUGACCAGCACAGGGUCCGGAGUGGUUUUACCCGGUAAAGCUUACAAGGAGUACAGGCUUGGCGAUUACUCUCGUUGGCUGCAGAAUAGAGUGAUCGACCAACGUAACUGGAACAGGAUCAAGAGUUGUCUUCAGUCCGGUGAACUCUGCUCCGACUACGGUAGCAAGUACGUGAACGACGAUUUCCAGAAGUUCUAUGCAGAGAAAUUAUCACCACUUCAGUCUGGGUGUUGCAAGCCACCGAGUGAGUGUAAAUUUGUGUAUCAAAGCCCAACGGUAUGGAACAAGACGGGAACCGGGAAUUACAGCAGCCCAGAUUGUGGUAGUUGGGACAAUGAUCCUAAGGUCUUGUGCUUCAACUGUAAUUCAUGCAAAGCUGGGUUGCUGCAGAACGUUAAGAUGAACUGGAAAAAGUCGGCUGUCAUUAACAUAAUAUUCCUCGUAUUAAUGAUUAUUGUGUACGCCAUUGGCAUCUGUGCCUUCAGGAAUAACAAGAGGGACGAGUGGCAGGGAUCGAGUUAG